GCAGCACGGAAUUGCGAUCGUGUAUCGCUUUGUGAGCAAUCUCUGUUUACUAACCUACUGACCCCGCUGCCCCAUUGAGGACAGUUGAGGAAUGUGAGGAGAAGUUUGCGGAAUUCCACAAAAAUGUUUCGAGCUCUUGGUAAAUCUCAUCUUUCGCAGCAUUUAAACCUCUGUGCGUUAUCGCACAACUACGGUACACAAACUACCUCUAGCAAAUGUAAAGCGUCUUCAGAUAUCUCUAGUGUACCGGGGCUUAGCGAGAACUGCGUAAAGGUCCCAGCCAAUCCUGUGGGCCCUGGUGCAUCCAAAGGAAGCGAGUACAAGAACCCUGAGUACUUUUGCUACCAUGCAGAAAGCUUUGCCGAGGCUGAGGUGGAAUUAGCUAAGUUUCGACUUCCAGCGCCAUCCAAUAAGAAAAAAUUUGGACAGUGAUCAAUUAAACAUAUGAGAGUAAUUGAUCCAAUCGCUUUACCGUCACUGUAGAUAGUUGUAUAGUAUGUUACAAUAAAUCUAAGCAUAUUUAUUUAUAUGUACUUA